AUGCUGCUCUUUGAUGGGGAGCCGCUGCUCUUCUUCCUUUUCAGCUUCAGCAUCCUCGACCUGUUGAUUGGUGGCUGUCUCUGGGGCUCAGGCGAGUCUGAUGGCGAUUCGGUGAAGAUGUACUUUGGCAUUGUCAUAUUUGCUAUUGGCUGCACCAGCACGGUCUGUUUCUUUUUUGUGCUGUGCUUGAAGAAGAUUCAGCGCAGGCGACGUAAGAGAUUGGAAAUGGAAGAGUUGAUGCGUAUUCAGGGUGAAGUGACCGGAGUGGUCUACGAUUCAGGGGGCGUGUCUGGAGGCAAGAAAAACGAGCUCUCCAGAAAGCCGAGUAUGAUGUCACGAGGAAUAAUAAACCCGGCAGCGGAACUAUGA